AUGGAUGGACUCGAUAGCACUGCGGCAGCAUCGGAACGGGAUAUUCGCUUCAUGGGUAACUCUAAAUAUGGUGACAGGACGGAACGAGAGCCAAGGCUGGGCAACUGGGUCGAAAUCGGUCGUCAAGCUGUCAAAGUGGUGCGCAGCCCGGUCCGCAAAGCGACAGUGGUGGCCCCAGAUACGCGGAUGUACGAGGUGGCAACGGGCGCCCAGGAUCGAGAGGGCCUUGUUGCCCAGGCCUAG